GUUUUGAAUUGUGACGUUACCUCGCAACAGAUCAAAGAGACAAGAUGGAGAACACAGAAACAAUCAGCGUUAUGUCUGAAGAAGAUCCUUUUCAGGAUAUUAGUGAUGACGAACUUAAAAAACUUAUUGAUGAUGCCAUACGAUCGAAUGAGGUACUGUCCACAGAAACACAAAUGUUUGAGAAAUACCUCCAUCGCAUUGAACCGAGAGACUCUGGGAGCAUACAGCCACUACAACACCCCGGAGCGGGAUCACUGCAUGUGGAUAAAAGCCUUGCACAUAGGAUGCGAACCAAGAUUCGACUGAGUCAGGGAGAUAAAUCUUUAAAAUUGAACGCUGAACAGAAAUGUGAUAUUGCACAGCGUGAGCUUGAAGAAUUGCGGGACGACAUUGAUAAAAUGAAAGAAGAAUCUGAGAAGGUCAUGGACACUCUAAAGGCUGUUAUGGAGGAAGCAGACAUGCGCCUAUCUGAAAUGAGGAAAGAGUCCUAUGAAUUUGAGAGAGAUAUUGUCAAGGGAUCAGUGAACCACAGAACCAAUAAAGUUAUAGCAGAGAAGUGCAUGAGAUACUUUGAAGACAAGCUUAGAACAAGGGAUGCUUUGAUUGAAAAGCUGAGGCUGAAAAAUUCUCAACUGAAAGUACAAAAGAAGAAGCUUAUGAUGCAGCUCAGGCAAAAAGAAGAGAUGGGUGAAGUUUUGAAUGAAGUGGAUUUCAACCAGUUGAAGAUAGAAAACCAACAGUAUUUGGAGAAAAUUGAUGAAAGAAAUCAAGAUUUACUGAGAUUAAAAUUGAUGGCCGGCAACACACUCCAAGUUCUAAACUCAUAUAAGAAAAAGCUGCUGACCUUGACUAAAGAAUCAGCACGCUUAAAAAGUGAAAUCAGUUUCCGUCAAGAGAUGGACUCCAGGAUUCAAGCAGAAACUGCUAUCGUGGAAGUCGAGAGAACAAAAGCUGAACAGAUCAAUAAAAAACUGCGCAAACAGCUUAGCAACUUUAAAGUCCCUGGUGUUAUGGAGUACGUGAGAGAGAAGGCACAGAUGUACGAGCUACAGAAGAAAGUCAAAAGCUGGGAGAGAAAAGUGGACAUAGCAGAGAUGGCACUGCAUACACACAGAAAAACCUGGCAACAGAAACAAGCAAGGAACCCAAUCAGCAGCCAAUGGUGAAGUGGUUUGAGGCUGACAGAAAACCAAAACAUACAGGAAAUGUAUGGCUUCGUGAAACAUCAUACCUUGUCAAUUGUAACAUACACAUUUUUUACCUCGAGGCAAAGACAGCUGAUAAUCAUCAUGAAACCAAUAAAAUUCAAACCAACUGCAAA